AUGGUUGUCGCCGACGAGAGGAGAUUCCUUAGCUGGCUGUCGCAAUUGCACGAAGCGGAGCCGGUCAUUCCACAGAGCGACAAGCAGCCCUCUGCAAGAUUCAUUUAUGAUGGGAUUCCCAUUGAAAAGCAGAUCCUUGACGCAAGCCUCAUUCCUCAAAGGCGAUCACCACGAGCAAGAAGAUGGCAGCAGACCCGUAUUGAGCUCAAGGACUUUGAACAGCCAUAUUUAUCGAGGCCCACAACAAAAUCAACUGAAUCUGGGAUUUCAAGAAUAGAGAGGAACGGGUAUAAACGCCUUCCAAGAGCGAAGACCAAAAAGGACCGGUACGAAUAUAAAGGCAAGAGUUUGGUGAAGAACGAUAGAAGUACAACCGUACAAACAAAGAAGCCACCGAGACAAAAGAGGAAACAUACCAUCAACGAGGAUUUUCAGGCUUCGAAUGUGCCAUCGAGCCGCUUGACGCUUCAUUCUGCUACGAAUUUGGGGAUUUUCAACAGGGGCAAAAGGUCAUCUCCAGUCAAGACUCGCGUGCCAGAUCAGGGCUUCUCCGAGACUGAGUUCCUGAGCAAAAGGCCUAUUGGCAUACAAGCAAAUGGCCUUCUUCACAAUGAGAAAACAAAGUUCCUCGAGUACGACCUUGGAAUAGAAAGUAUCGGCCAAGCCCAUAGUGAAAUUGGAGGAACUCUUGAGCAACAGCCACAAGCUGAGAACAUAACAUUGGAUUUUGAUGAUCCUGCUAUACGAUAUGUGCCUGGCAAACAAGCAGAGACAAGUAGUGACCAACUAUUCUGUUAUGGGAAAGAGCAAAAAGGCCCCAGCGAGAAACCCAAGGUCUACCCCCCGAUGGAACAGGAAUCGCGAUCAGCUGCAGACAUCGUAGCUGAAUCUAGCACCAUGAGACUGUUAGACUUCAAUAUGCACUCAUCGAAUGCAAAUGCUACCGCAAAUCCGGAAAAGGUAUACUGGACCCUAGAGGAUCUCAAGAGUAUUAUGCAGCAAAGGAUAUCUUCAUGGAAGUCAGAAGACGAAGGCAGUACGACGACUCCUGGUUCUCGGCUGCAGAUAAGCUCACGAAAACGGAAGAAUACCUCGUCCCAGGACAAGGAAAACAUCCAUGAAAAGUUUUCGAAAAGAAGAAAAACCCAGGGAUAUGGUCAGAGGUUCGAACUCGACCCGAGUGACAGAAGUACGUGUCCUCGAACGGCAGCUUUGGAACCUUGCUCAUUUUCUGGCUCGUGCAUUGAUCUUCCUCUCGGGAAGCCUCUUCCUGCGCACGGGCAGACAGAUUACGCCAUGGAAGGGAACUCGUUUCAGCCUCAGCGCCCUUGCCCAGGCAGAGGAGUGGGUUUCGUCUACGGCGAAGAUGCAUUGUUCAUUUCUCAAGCGUUUGAUGCUGCAUACGACGCAAUCAUGCGGUCAGAACCAGAUGCACCACUUGAUGCAUCGGAAUGCGUGCCGACGAUUAAGGCCACUACCAGUAACAAUGAUGGGAAUGUUCCACUGCAUUCUCCUUGGGAGUGGGGCUUAAAGGACGAAGAGAUGUUUAACCUUUCCCAUAUCGGGCAGGAGACGCUUCUUGCCGGUCAGGAAGCCAGCGAAACGGCCAUUUAUACACCAGCGAGCGGAAAUUACGAGCGGUACCUUUCAUAUUCUGGGGGACCUUGUGCUAACCAGGAAGGUUUGCUUCCCAUGGAGAAGGUAUCGUCUAUGGAUUCGGGGCAAGUGCGAGAAUGGAAGGGACCCGAUGCAAACAAGUUGGAUUAUGUGACAAUUGACCCAAUGAAAAACUUUUGGCGCCAAAACAAACUAUAUUGA